AUGGCUGAUCCCCGUGUUGAAGAGCUCCCUGACGAGGAGGUUCCCAAGGCCAACGUUGAGGACGCUGGCAGCGACUCUGAGUCCGAGGCUGGUGAGGAGUCCAGCAUCCCCGCUGGUGCCGCUGUCACCAUCCACUCCCGUAACGAGAAGAAGGCCAGAAAGGCCAUUGGCAAGCUCGGCCUGAAGCACGUUCCCGGCAUCACUCGUGUCACCCUCCGCAGACCUAAGAACAUUCUCUUCGUUAUCAACCAGCCCGAUGUCUACCGCUCUCCCUCCAGCAACACCUGGAUCAUCUUCGGUGAGGCCAAGAUUGAGGACCUGAACUCCCAGGCUCAAGCCUCCGCUGCUCAGCAGCUGGCUGCCGCUGAGGCCGCUGCUGGCGAGCACGCCGGUCACGACCACGACCACGACCACGGCAAGGGCAAGGCCCCCGAGGCCGAGGCCAAGAAGGAGGAGGAAGAGGAUGAUGGUGAGGAGGUCGAUGAGACUGGCCUUGAGGCCAAGGACAUCGAGCUCGUCAUGGCUCAGGCUAAUGUGUCGCGCAAGAAGGCCGUCAAGGCCCUGCGCGAGAACGACAACGAUAUCGUCAACUCGAUCAUGGCGCUCAGCAUAUAA